UCCUGUUUGUAAACAACUUUCCAGUUUUGCAACAAUUUGCUUCAUUUCGUGCUAAUUUAGUUGUGAUAAUUAGUGCAUUUCGUGCUGAUUGCAGCUUAUGUAGCGAGCAAAGAGCGUGUAACUUCUUUCAAACGGUCUCAUCACUACAAACAACUGCAAAACCAUGUCCGGUCCACGUUCCAACCUGUGGUCCUUCUUUACCAGAGACCCAACGGGGAAAACAGCCAAAUGCGCCCUCUGCAAUCAGCUAAUGUCGGUGGAAAAGUCAACGUACUCCAAUCUGCGCAGGCACAUCCUGAGGAAGCAUCCUUCCAGACGCCAUGAAGUCGCACCACGUCAAAAGACACUACACAAUGCAAUGUGGAAACACUUCAGCAAGGAGCCCGAAAAGCGGGCCAAAUGCCGGCACUGCGGUACGGUGCUCACGUACAAGUACACGACGUCCAGCCUGGGCCGGCACAUGCAAAACAAACACGUCAAGAUACUGCUGGAGGAGCAGCAAAGCAGCGCGGCCCAGUUCGAGGAGGAGUACGAGGAGGUGUACGAGGAGGAGGGGGAGGAGGAGGAGCCGGGGGUGUUUCCGGUGCAUAGCGACGAAGAGCGUAGCCAGUACGCUGCGGGUGGUUGCGUGUCGGGCAACGAGUCGGACGGGGAAAUGGAGUGUGGCGGUGGGUUGAUUGAACUGCAGCCGGUGAAAAACGAUGGACUAACGGAACCGAUCAAGCUGGAGAUCGUUGACCUAAAUCCGGAACCAACCUCGAAUGACGAUCCGGAUCAUGAACUGAUCGAGGGCAGCAUACACCAUCACCACCAUCACCAGUCAAGCCGGGUAUGGGGCUUUUUGGGAUGCGCAAAAUGGGUCAUUUCAAGCUCAUUAAUUGUACUUACAUUAAUUGUUCAGAUAACCCAGUACGAUGAAGAAGCGGCCAUGAUGCACCACCACCACCACCACCACGAGCUCGGACAGGAGGACGACCUGUCGGAGGUAAUAGAAGAGACGGUGAUAGGACAGAUCAUGGGCCCGGAGGGCACGGCACACCCCGGCCCGGCCGACCCAACCGCAACGGAGGAUGAAGAGCGGAAAGCUAGUGCCGGUUGCCUGAUAAGCUCCAGCAUGAAACAUAUUAACACCAAAGUGGCCACUUUCGCCGUCCAUACAGCGCUCGAGAUGGAAAGCCUGGCGGCGCAGCAGCGAAUAAUAGCGCAAAAGCUUGUAUCGGACAUACUGUUCAAUGCAAAGUUGGACAAUUUAGAUGAAAACUCGCUGGUGAUCGUGCGCGUUGGAACGUUCGAACGCGAAUGAGCGAUUUUUUCUAUUAAAAUAACUUUGUUUUAUAAUUUAAUAUGUACAAACUAAAUAGACUAUGUAAAAUAUGACUUAAAA